AUGGACGCUGACUCUCUGUCCUUCGACUUCCCUUUUCAGCACGACGACGCGCCUCCGCCAUCGGAGAAAGAUGAGUUGGUGUCCACGAUCAGACAGAUGCUCAAGGAUGAGUUCGCUACCAUGAAGGCUGAGGUCACAGAUGUGCUUCUGCAGUCUUUCGGACCUAUCAUAGAGAAUGUUGUUGAUAGCAAGACAAAACCUCUCCAGAAAGUUGUUGACGGGAUGAACCUCCGUGUCACAACAAUGCAUCAAGCGUCGAAAUCAUCUGCGUCGAAAGCACCUGCGGCUCCAUCCAAACAUCUACUACGACAGCCUCCAAAGAAGACCGUUCCGCCAAGCUUCAAGUACGCAAUCUACCUCGAGAGCGAGUGGAACUAUCUCACAGAGCUCGGGACGACAAAUUUCCUCAGGAAGUUUCGUACAGCCGGCUCUCCGUACAAUCGUAUCCGUGGUUAUAAACUGCAUGAACCUAAGGACAGAGCCGAAGACGACUUUUGGGGGGAACUCGAGCUUUUCAUCGACUCCGAAGCGGCGCGUGCGAAGCUGGCCGAGCCACAUCAUGCUGUUCAUAUUCCAAGGAUCCUCGAGCUUGAAGCUCCCGGUGCACAACGAAAUGAGCGUUUCUGGGUGCAGGUUAUCCACGAUCUGAAGCUGAACAAUGUGAAUUCGUCGUGGAUCGAGGCUCAGGUGCCUGAGUGGAGGCACCAAAGCCAGCUCAAGAUUGCUGAAGCUGAAUACAAGGCUAACAAGCUUAUGUUUGGGUUCGAUUCGGUAGCAGAGGCCGACAAAGCGUGCCGUUACGCUUUCUUCUUUGGGGGGACUCUUGCCAAAGCCAGGCCUAUCGAAAAGAAAUGCAUCCCUCUCUUCUGCAGACGGUGUGGUCGACCUGACCACUUCCACAAGAGCAAAAAGUGUCCCGAACGUCCUCAUGGCGGUACUCAUGGCGAGGAGAUAUUCCCCUGCCUAUAUUGCGGCAAGCGACAUCGGGACAGAUGCAAGGUGGGAACGAAUCAGCUUGAGCAGGACUGUCUCAACUGUAAACGAAGCGGACAACCGUCUCCCAGGAUGCAUACAACAGAGUCGACCACAUGCCCGGAUCCGGAUGUCGUUGAGUACCGCAAAGCAUGUGAGAAAAUCGAGAACAAUCUCCCAUAUUGGGCAAAGUCUCUUGACCUACCGGAGAAUCCCCAACUACCGCCGAUCGACGACCUCACUGCGAAGAAAGUGGAAGACAGCCGCCCAACUUCUACGAAGCUUUCGGGCCAAGGCGAUGGUAGUAACGCAGCCAUUGCAAGGGACAUUGCCGCUCAGAAGUUCCCGCCAUCCACCAAACGCGCAUUCCUCAACGCGGGCGCAUCAUCACGGUCAGAUGCUGGUGCAGAGUCGUCACGGGGACCCGGGUCGUCCCAAACCUCCCCUAUUGACAUUGAUGCGGAGCAAGCGGUAGACAUAUCCGCAGACGCAGUCUCAGGCUCUGGGCCUUCGACCAUUCGUGUAACACUCGAUCCACCUGACUCCGAGUCCGAGCCACUGGCAUGGAGAAUCGAAGUUCCUGCUACACAACCGCCAAACGAGCCCCCGACUGCCAAAGGCUCAGCGAAGAAGCCUUCGGCAGCGAAGCAGAAGGCAGUGAAACGCACACGCCCACCGCAAACCUCAACACGGCGACAACCAGCGGAAGUAUCUGGUGACGAUAUGGACGACGACACUUAUACAGCCGAACGGACAGCGACCGGUUCCGAUCCAGGGCCUGCUCCUCAACGACUACGUGUACUGAGAAGCCGCACGCGCGCCGCCGCAAGGCCUGCGGAAGACGACUCACCCGACGAAUCGAACGCCGAGCAGCAAGUGGCUGAGACCACACCCAACGAGUCGACUGCCGCGACGCAAGCUGCUGAAAGCACGCCUGGCCCACCAAUUAUCUUCACCGGCGCGAAGGACACACCUACCAACUCUUCGCAGCCCGGUGCGUUUGACUUCAGCUGUCCCUCAUCACUGAAUGCCGUCAAGAAACCAGCACCAGCCCGUCCCAAGUCUCCUCGACAAGCGAAACUCAGCAUCAUCGCUCAGAAGAGGGGUGCAGCAUUCCCGGGUCCCGUGCGCCAACCUUCACCGCUCGCCAACGCAAACAACCAUGACGCAGACGAGGACGAUGACGAUGACGACGACGAAUUCUUCGAUCCUGAUGAGAACAUGUAUGAUUUUGGAGAGGGGCCGGCUGAAGGACAAGCGAACGAUGUCGCGGACGCGAGUAACGAUGAUCUGUACGCUGAUUAG